AACAUAACAGUUAGUAAUAAAACUUAAGACAAAUUAAUGAAAUGCAUAGAUAAUUCUCUUUUGAAUGAAUAGCGCGUUAGAAUCUUCCUUUAGAGUGUUUUGAUAAUACUCUGUGAGCCGCUUGCCGCAACCCGAUUCGUUGGCUAAUUACAAUCUAUUAGUGAUUUCUCCACUCAUCUUCCUUUGAAGAUUAACCACACAUAAUUUCCAAGUGGAAAGAUUGCCCGCAGAAGUUAUUAGUUUUUUGGAGCAGUGAUUUUGUACUGAUUAGAAAGUCCCAUUAAUUAGUGAUAGUAACUGUAUCGGAUUUCCGCUGAGCUUUGCUCCUUCCUGUAACUCAGGGACUCCUUCCUGGAGCACUUGUUGAAAACAAAGUUAAAUAUCAAAAAGGGAGAACCAGUUUUUUUGCAUCCAAAAUUUCAAUAAUAAAAACACGCCUAAAUCAGUACACAGGCUACACCACUGUUUGUAUGAUUACUAAGGCUUGUAAAUGUGAAGAUUUUAUCCUUAUUACCUUAAAAGUCCUUAAAAGCUACAGUUUCAAGAUAAUUACAAUGUAGAACAUGGUAUACCUUACCAAACUCCGGCUGCGACACUCCUCGCCUAAGCAGGGGCCGUGUUUGCUCUCCUGAUAAGGCUGACUGGGAAUUGACUUAGACUCAUGUAGCAUGACGGUAAGCAGAUGUUUUUCAAUUUAAGAGAUUGCAGAUAUAGUCCAACGAUCAGAAGCACGAAAUGACAGGCAGGCAAAGUAGACGUAUAAUCGCAGGCGAUACGCAGUAAAACAGACUUUCGCCGAGGUAAACACCGUAAGGUCAAUGAGAGAGUACCGAGUCAGUGACUCAUAUCGCAACGAGUUGUGGCAGUUUUACAAAGAAAACACAAAAAUAUUCCAUGUGUCCUGAGGGUUAUGGCCGAGUCGAAGCUUAUAAAGAUAUUGUUUUCUCUUUUAACAUUCCCAACUUCCAAAGGAAACUUUUGACGUGAUAAAAGGCGCUCUUGACAUUUUUAAACUUGAGACUGCAUAGGACACAAUAAAAGCAUAAGUGACCAAUUAAUUGACGUUAUUAAGUAUCGUAAUUGUUAGGACAGCCAAUCAGAGGACGGCUCACGGAUUCCCCAUGACGACUGUUUUAGUUUACAAUUUGUGCUUUAUCUAAUCUCGAUCUAGCGUGGAUGUUGGCACAUAAGACAUUACUUUUAUCAUAGUAACUGCGAACAGUUUUCACCCAGCCAUCUUUUAACUGCACUUUGUUUCUAAAAAUGCCACAGUGGGUACAGUUGCCUCCGAAUUUGCUACCGGAGAAACACACGAUGGGAAAGUCAAUCUACACUACUGACUAUUCAAGCAGGAGACCUGGUUUUCAACUUCACCUUCAAAAGGCUCGCGGAUUGCAAAGCAGCAAACAUCAUCCACCGGUACCAAAGAAACCCGACAGAAAGACGAUGCGAGCGCAUCAGACCGGCAAUUACCUCGAUUUUAAAGAAGAUUUUGUGAAAGCUUUGUCCACUGUGAGCACACACAAACCAUGGAAUUUUCGAUUAGACGUUGACGUAACAACACCCGACGACUCCAGAUCGGCAGCCACACAUUCAGAAAAGGCUUUGUUACAGAAAUUUAUUCAGCCAACAUUAGAAUUAGUGGAGGAGGCCUGGCGAGGAGAAGUGACCAGCACGAAACGGGAUCGAGAUCGACACUAUACUGUGGCUGGACAGAAAGCUGAACUACACAGUAGAUCUGAAAGACGCGAGGCGAAGGCGAAGCGGCCUGUUCUGCCUGGCGUUAACAAAUGGUUGCGGUCUUCAAAUGAAUAUGAAAAGGCAGUUGUUCACAACUUCAUGAACACAUUAAACAAUGCGUCCUCGAGUUCUGUACAUAUGAAACAGAGUGUACCUAAAGCCACGGAGAAGAAAACUACGAAACCUCAAUUUACAAAGGAGUUAUAUUUUCAACAACGAGCAAAAAGUGCUCGGUCCCAAAGGGUAACAGAACGCCCCACACUUCCACCACGUCCCAAAUCUGUUAGAUCAGUAAGGGAUGAAGACAAAGUUGCCGAGAUAACCCAAACUCAAGUCGUGGAACAAGCACACCCCCAUCACUUCAAUCACCCGGAAGGAAAGUGUGAAUUUUGUGAUUAUUUAAGAGUGAAGAGGUUGUUGGAGCACCUAAAUAAGUACGGAUCCUGUGGUAUGGGAGAAGCAACCCUUACACACUUACUAAGGCCUCGAGUGGACCCCACAUACAACACAAGUUCUGAAGAUUACGACUACGUACACGAAAAUUCAUUUUUCACCAACACUAGCGCACGAGAUCGAGGCUACUUCAUUAUAGCUCCUGACUGGGUUUCAGAAAGGAAGGGUGUAAUGUCUACCCAUUACCAAUGACCAGCGGCCAUCUCUACGUUCUGCAAGCUCCCUACGGCUCGAGAUGAAUUUCCUCUACAGUAAUACAAAGGGAAAAUUUGAUAAUGACCGGUUAUUCUUCUUCGCAGUUGAACGACUAUCUAAAACAUACAAAACCGAACAAUUUGUCGUGUAAAUGGAACGUCCAAUUACAUCGCAAUUUUGUUGUAGUCUAUAAAUAUUUCUUAUCGUGUCAAGACAACAAAGAACAGAGAUAAUUUUUCAGAGUUAAUAUAUUUUGAUUUGUACGAUCUCAAGACUAAGAAUAUUGAUUUUACUGGUUAAAGUUUGAUUUUGAAAACUAUUUAAACAGUGGAUGUUUUGUUUGAUGUAAAUAUUGACCUAUGAAGCCUGCUUGAAAUAUUUAAUAAAUUCCGAACAUUUAGCAAUCAAA